CGUUAAGUCGCUGCUGCUGCUUGUGCCUGACGUACCACCGAUGAUCGGUCGGGCUUAACGUUUAAGCACAUCGGACGUACCGCACGCACACGGUCCCCGGGCUCUGCACCCGGCGGUUGGCUGUCCCGACUGGAUCAUCAUCGACUGCUGCCGGUGCCCGUUGCCGAUCGCGCGCACGUCGCUCGCACCACAGGUGUAGCGCACACGUACGCCGCGCGCACACAGCCGUGCUACUCCGUCAGAGACGCACGCCGACGACACCGCCGCCACCGCCUUCACUGCCACCGCCGUCGACAGUCACUGAAAACGGCAUAGGUGUUUUAUGGUCUUGGAGAGAGGAAUGUUUGAAGAAUGGCUCAAAAGAUGUCGCGAAUCUCGCCAGCUAGUCGUGGUGAUCGUAGCCAUAGCUCUACUCCUGGAUAACAUGCUUCUCACGACAGUGGUUCCAAUAAUACCGGAAUUUCUUUACGACAUCCAACACCCUGAUCAACCACUCACAGCAACCAUACCGACAAGUCCACGCAAUGAAUUCCCAGUGCCCCACGGAGAUAUGUCGAGUCCUCCAGGAAACGGAACGACGACCUGGGAACAGCAAGAAGCGAUUCUCAAAAAGGAAAGGCACGACGAUCUGGUUCACGAAACAGUCGCGGUCGGAAUGAUGUUCGCGUCCAAAGCAGUCGUACAGCUCAUGGUCAACCCCAUCGUCGGACCUCUCACGCACCGGAUCGGCUACAGCAUACCAAUGUUCACCGGAUUCUUCAUUAUGUUCAUAUCCACAAUAAUAUUCGCAUUCGGACGGAGUUACGGAGUACUGUUUUUGGCUAGAGCUCUGCAAGGGAUUGGAUCGUCUUGUUCAACAGUUUCUGGAAUGGGAAUGUUGGCCGAACGGUACCCUGACGACAAAGAACGAGGAAAUGCCAUGGGUAUAGCGUUGGGCGGCUUAGCUUUGGGUGUGUUGAUCGGUCCACCGUUUGGCGGAAUCAUGUACGAGUUUGUGGGGAAAACCGCACCGUUCUUGAUACUCUCGGCGCUGGCACUAGGAGACGGACUGCUACAACUGUUGCUUUUACAACCCGGAGUAGUCACAACAGAUGCGGAUCCGCCUUCCUUGAAAUCAUUGGUUAUGGACCCGUACAUCAUAAUAGCCGCCGGUGCGAUAUCUUUCGCAAACACCGGAAUCGCAAUGCUCGAGCCGUCGCUGCCCAUUUGGAUGAUGGACACCAUGGGCGCUGGAAGAUGGAAACAGGGAGUGACAUUUUUACCAGCAAGUAUUUCAUAUUUAAUCGGAACGAAUUUGUUUGGACCUCUCGGACAUCGCAUGGGAAGAUGGUUGGCCGCAAUGAUUGGAUUGAUCGUGAUCGGAAUUUGUUUGAUGAUAAUACCCACCGCAAGAAACAUCAACCACUUGAUUGUGCCCAACGCCGGUUUAGGUUUUGCUAUUGGCAUGGUCGAUUCGUCGAUGAUGCCCGAGCUUGGCUAUUUGGUUGACAUACGACACACAGCUGUUUAUGGCAGCGUAUACGCUAUUGGUGACGUGGCUUUUUGUCUGGGAUAUACGAUCGGGCCGGCUUUAAGCGGAACAUUAGUGAAUACAAUUGGAUUUGAAUGGAUGUUAUUCGGAACGGCUAUGUUGAAUUUCUUGUACGCUCCACUUCUCUACUUACUGCGCAGUCCACCGACAAAAGAAGAAAAAAAAAUCACUGGUGACCGGAGAAAAAUCGUCGGUGCGUUACAUAACCUAUCAAAACGAAGCAGAAGAAGAAUAAAAACUGUUGACUUCGUACAACUAACGCUUGAUAAAUUACGCUUCUCCGUUUUUGUUUUUUUGCCUCCCCAAACAACGAUACUUCUUAAUAAAUAAUAAUAACAAACACGACGUCAUAGCAGAAAACAUUACAAUGUAAUACAACGCGCGCAGUUGCACAACAACUCAAUAAUACGAGAAAAACUGUUUUGACGGGAGUUUCAGCUAUUUCGGUGGCCGGACACAAUAUUUUAAUCGCAUUGUUUACCUAUUACAUAUAGGCGCAUACGUAGCAGUCGCUUUAUAUAACAUAACAAUGUAUAAUAUACAUUACAACCUAUUAUAUCUUAUACUUUCUCGUAAACCUAACCUAAUAGUCCGCCGGCGCAACGAGAAACUUUAUUCGAUAUUGUUACGCGUACAAAAUAACUAGCCUAUAUUAUGUUUAUAAUAAUGUGCACGCGUGUUAAAAAUACUUUGAGAAAAAUCUAAUUACUCGUAAACCUAAUAAUAAUAAUAAUGUUAUAAAAAAUAACUAUUUAUCGUAUAUUAUAAUAUUAUAAUGUGUGCGCAAUAAGUGAUACAUUUACAUAUAUACAUUAUUAUAUGUCCUAUCGACUUUGUAACUUACAUACAACGUGGUUUUUAAAAACAUUACUAUAUAAAUAAUAUUUUCUUAAUAAUAUAUAUUAUACUUAAAACGAUACAAUUGAAUAGCGUAUAUUAUUAUGUAUACGUAUUUUACGGCUCAUCAUUGACCACCAUCGUUGAGCAUCAGAACAUUUUGUUGAUUAAGACUGUUUUAUAAUUAUAAUAAUAUUAAU